AUGUCAACGGAACCUUCUCCCGCCAAUUUCAAAGUCGUCGAAUCCCCGUCACAAUUUCAAGAACUACUCUCCGCAGAUCUUAACCGCGUAUCGCUGAUAAAUUUCUGGGCACCAUGGGCGGAGCCUUGUCAUCAAAUGAAUGAAGUGGUUUUGGAGUUGGCAAAAAAGUACUCGCAACUGUUGGUAUUGCAGGUCGAGGCAGAAGAACAAUCUGAUAUUGCCGAAUCCUUCGACAUCGAGGCCGUUCCUGCGUUCAUCAUCCUCCGGGGACAUACAUUGCUCGCUCGAGUGUCCGGUGCCGAUGCAGCAGGCCUCACAACUUCCAUCGCCACACACCUGCGCUCUGGCCCAACAAUCAACCCGACAUCCAAAACCGAUCAACAGCCGCAAGCCCCCUCCGCCCGCUCUCAACUCAACGAAAAGAUCGAGACAGAGGAAGAACUUAAUGAACGCUUGAGAAACUUGAUGACCUCGAACAAAGUCAUGUUGUUUAUGAAGGGAUCUCCGGACGCACCGAGGUGUGGAUUCUCGAGGAAGAUAGUCGAGCUGCUGAGGGAACAGGGAGUGCCCGACUUCGGCCACUUUGAUAUCUUGGAGGACGAAAAUGUUAGAAGCGGCCUCAAAAAGUUGAAUGAGUGGCCGACGUUCCCGCAGCUGAUAAUAAACGGCGAGUUUGUGGGAGGAUUGGAUAUCGUGAAGGAGAUGGUGGAGAACGGGGAGUUUGCGGAAACACUUGCAAGCUGA